UCUGAUCAGUUGAGCUGUUUAGGUUUUGGACAAGAUUUCGAGAGCUGUUGAUAUGAAACUUCUCUAUGUUAUGGUUCUGCUGAUCUUUGGAGCCAUUUCUGAUGAUGGCUGUAAUGAAGCAGUAAAUAAGAUGGAUAAAGAAAAUAUCGCAUGCAAUGUCAUGAAUUGCAAAUCAGCUGAAAUGAUUGCAUUUAUACCCAACAUGGAUGUGACAAGCCAAAAACAACAGAUGUGCAAGGAAAAAAGUGCUUCAGACAAAUCCAUCAGGGCAGAGAAAUGCUACAUCGGUCAGCUCAUCAAUGUAACCUUUGACAAGCCAAAUGCAACCUAUGAGUACGAGAACUUUAUUAUGACUGUAGUUAAGAUGAAUAUGAUGAACCCCAUAAAUGGCAGCCAUGUAAAGAUCUCUGCUCAAAAGCUGUCUGAAGAUGAUCCACCCAUUAACGUAUUCAUCCCCACUAAACCUUUUCUAAAUGCCACAGUGAACCAGAGCAAAGUUGCUAUAGUGAUAUAUCCCUGUGCUCAUCAGUUUACAAAUGACUCGAAUAUUCUGCUGAGGUCCAAAGUCAUCCGCAUCGAAUCUGUCGGAUGCAAGAUAAAGGACUUGUCCGAUCAAAUUGUUAUCAAUUUUCCAUGGAAAAGCAGUGAAAUAAUAGAUGGAAGCCACAAUCUGUCAUGCCAGUACUAUGAUGAAACAGCGAACCGUUGGAGUGACAAGGGGUCUUUCACCAACCUGGAGAACAACACUGUAAACUGCUCAUAUAAUCACAUGACCCUCUUUGCUGUAUUUCUGGUGCCCAUGAAGCAGCAGCAACAGGAAAAAUUGCCCUGUAGUAAUGACACAGAUGAGAACUAUAACAGCACAGAAUUGAAAUUUCAAAAGAACCAUUCUACAUCACUCUGUACCUGGGGAGAGGAUCGGUGUUAUGUAGAGUGCUGUUCUGUCAAUCUCACCACGAACAUAACUGGUGUGAAAAUCAUAACAAAUCAGGCACCAAAUUAUACAAUCACAGAUGAGAAAAUCAUCACAUGUAACAUCACAAAGUGUAACUCAGAUGAAAUGAAUACAUCUAUAAACCUCAAGAAAGAGAAGGAUUUCAUCGAUGAGCAGAUCAACUCAACGUUUGAUGGGCCGAACAUAACCAAAAACUGCAUGAUUUUUUAUGUGACUGUUUUUAAUGUAAGUAUGUUGAACCCAGUUAAUGGGAGUGUAAAGAUCUCUGCUCCAAAGUGGUCUGAUCAGGAUCCACCCAUAGAUGUAUUCUUCCCUAUUAAUUCAUCUACAAAUUAUCAUUCCCAUGUCGCUGUAGUGAGAUACGGAACUGCUGAAAAGUUUAAAAAUAACGCAAACACUAGGUUGAUGUCCCAAAUUAUUCGUGUUGAAACCAUAGGAUCUGAGCGCAAGAACUUGACCAAUCUGCUUGUUAUCAAGUUUCCAGUGAACUGUACCGAAACAAACCUCAAAAACUCUAAGCUGUCAUGUAUGUUCUAUGAUGAAAAAGCGAACCGUUGGAGUGACAAGGGGUCUUUCACCAACCUGGAGAACAACACUGUAAACUGCUCAUAUAAUCACAUGACCCUCUUUGCUGUAUUUCUGGUGCCCAUGAAGCAGCAGCAGGAAAAUCUGCCCUGUAGUAAUGACACAGAUGAGAACUAUAUUUUCUUCAACAGCACAGAAUUGAAAUUUCAAAAGAACCAUUCUACAUCACUCUGUACCUGGGGAGAGGAUCGGUGUUAUGUAGAGUGCUGUUCUGUCAAUCUCACCACGAACAUAACUGGUGUGAAAAUCAUUACAAAUCAGGCACCAAAUUAUACAAUCACAGGUCAAGACAAAACUCAGCUGGUCUUUAGAAUGGAUGAGAAAAUCAUCACAUGUAACAUCACAAAGUGUAACUCAGAUGAAAUGAAUACAUCUAUAAACACAAUGGACUUCACAAGACUAAUUAAAGCACUGGAUAUGUGUAAUAAAUCAUUUCCUGCAGAUAUAAACCUCAAGAAAGAGAAGGAUUUCAUCGAUGAGCAGAUCAACUCAACGUUUGAUGGGCCGAACAUAACCAAAAACUGCAUGAUUUUUUAUGUGACUGUUUUUAAUAUAAGAAUGUUGAACCCAGUUAAUGGGAGUGUAAAGAUCUCUGCUCCAAAGUGGUCUGAUCAGGAUCCACCCAUAGAUGUAUUCUUCCCUAUUAAUUCAUCUACAAAUUAUCAUUCCCAUGUCACUGUAGUGAGAUACGGAACUGCUGAAAAGUUUAAAAAUAACGCAAACACUAGGUUGAUGUCCCAAAUUAUUCGUGUUGAAACCAUAGGAUCUGAGCGCAAGAACUUGACCAAUCUGCUUGUUAUCAAGUUUCCAGUGAACUGUACCGAAACAAACCUCAAAAACUCUAAGCUGUCAUGUAUGUUCUAUGAUGAAAAAGCGAACCGUUGGAGUGACAAGGGGUCUUUCACCAACCUGGAGAACAACACUGUAAACUGCUCAUAUAAUCACAUGACCCUCUUUGCUGUAUUUCUGGUGCCCAUGAAGCAGCAGCAGGAAAAUCUGCCCUGUAGUAAUGACACAGAUGAGAACUAUAUUUUCUUCAACAGCACAGAAUUGAAAUUUCAAAAGAACCAUUCUACAUCACUCUGUACCUGGGGAGAGGAUCGGUGUUAUGUAGAGUGCUGUUCUGUCAAUCUCACCACGAACAUAACUGGUGUGAAAAUCAUAACAAAUCAGGCACCAAAUUAUACAAUCACAGAUGAGAAAAUCAUCACAUGUAACAUCACAAAGUGUAACUCAGAUGAAAUGAAUACAUCUAUAAACCUCAAGAAAGAGAAGGAUUUCAUCGAUGAGCAGAUCAACUCAACGUUUGAUGGGCCGAACAUAACCAAAAACUGCAUGAUUUUUUAUGUGACUGUUUUUAAUGUAAGUAUGUUGAACCCAGUUAAUGGGAGUGUAAAGAUCUCUGCUCCAAAGUGGUCUGAUCAGGAUCCACCCAUAGAUGUAUUCUUCCCUAUUAAUUCAUCUACAAAUUAUCAUUCCCAUGUCGCUGUAGUGAGAUACGGAACUGCUGAAAAGUUUAAAAAUAACGCAAACACUAGGUUGAUGUCCCAAAUUAUUCGUGUUGAAACCAUAGGAUCUGAGCGCAAGAACUUGACCAAUCUGCUUGUUAUCAAGUUUCCAGUGAACAGUACCGAAACAAACCUCAAAAACUCUAAGCUGUCAUGUAUGUUCUAUGAUGAAAAAGCGAACCGUUGGAGUGACAUGGGGUCUUUCACCAACCUGGAGAACAACACUGUAAACUGCUCAUAUAAUCACAUGACCCUCUUUGCUGUAUUUCUGGUGCCCAUGAAGCAGCAGCAGGAAAAUCUGCCCUGUAGUAAUGACACAGAUGAGAACUAUAUUUUCUUCAACAGCACAGAAUUGAAAUUUCAAAAGAACCAUUCUACAUCACUCUGUACCUGGGGAGAGGAUCGGUGUUAUGUAGAGUGCUGUUCUGUCAAUCUCACCACGAACAUAACUGGUGUGAAAAUCAUAACAAAUCAGGCACCAAAUUAUACAAUCACAGGUCAAGACAAAACUCAGCUGGUCUUUAGAAUGGAUGAGAAAAUCAUCACAUGUAACAUCACAAAGUGUAACUCAGAUGAAAUGAAUACAUCUAUAAACACAAUGGACUUCACAAGACUAAUUAAAGCACUGGAUAUGUGUAAUAAAUCAUUUCCUGCAGAUAUAUACCUCAAGAAAGAGAAGGAUUUCAUCGAUGAGCAGAUCAACUCAACGUUUGAUGGGCCGAACAUAACCAAAAACUGCAUGAUUUUUUAUGUGACUGUUUUUAAUAUAAGAAUGUUGAACCCAGUUAAUGGGAGUGUAAAGAUCUCUGCUCCAAAGUGGUCUGAUCAGGAUCCACCCAUAGAUGUAUUCUUCCCUAUUAAUUCAUCUACAAAUUAUCAUUCCCAUGUCGCUGUAGUGAGAUACGGAACUGCUGAAAAGUUUAAAAAUAACGCAAACACUAGGUUGAUGUCCCAAAUUAUUCGUGUUGAAACCAUAGGAUCUGAGCGCAAGAACUUGACCAAUCUGCUUGUUAUCAAGUUUCCAGUGAACAGUACCGAAACAAACCUCAAAAACUCUAAGCUGUCAUGUAUGUUCUAUGAUGAAAAAGCGAACCGUUGGAGUGACAUGGGGUCUUUCACCAACCUGGACAAUUUUAAAAGCGACAACAUUGUAAACUGCUCAUAUAAUCACAUGACCCCAUUUGCUGUAUUUCUGGUGUUUGUGGAGUGGCAGCAGCAAAACCUGUCCUGUAGAAAUUACUCAGAUCAUAGGACUAAGAACUUUUUUAUCUACAACAGCACAGAAUUGAAAAUUAAAGAGACGCUUACUACAUUACUCUGUACCUGGGGAGAUCAUCAGUGUUAUGUAGAUUGCAGUUUUGCUAAUCAUUCCACAAACCUAAUGGAUCUGAAUAAUGUAACAUAUGAGGUUCAGAAUUAUACAAUCACACUUCAAAGCAUAAAACUUGUCUUUAAUAUAAGUGAGAUCACGUGUAAUGUCACACAGUGUAAAUCUGAUGAAAUAAAAACUUUGUUAAUUAACUUAUCCAGUUCUAGCGACCUGAAAGACUUAAAGAAAAUAGCACAAGUAAAACGAAUGUGUGAAACAUCGUUGACAUCUGACAGUAGCUUUAUAUAUACAUACAUUAGAGCAGAGAAAAAGUACAUAGAGUUCCUCAUCAACUCCCCAUUUAAUGGAACAUCCAAAAAUUAUGACCUAGAGGAAUUUAACAUGACUGUAGUUAAGAUGGAUAUGAUGAACACCACAGAUCUCACGCUUGUACAGAUCUCUGCUCCAAAGGUGCCUAAUAAUAAUCUUCCUGUGGAGAUUUUUGUCCCUACUGAAGCUUUUAAAAAUGUCUCCACGGAGCAGUGCAAAGUUGGCAUAGUAACAUAUCCUUCUGCCAGCCAGUUUAUGAAUGACUUCUCCCAAGAUAUUAGGAGCAAAGUCAUUCGCGUUGAAGCUAAUGGACGUGUGCUUAAGGACUUGUCCAAUCGACUUGUUAUCAACUUUACACUGAACUAUAGUGAAAAAAUACCAGAAAACUAUAACCUGUCAUGUCAGUUCUAUGAUGAAAACGUGUACAAGUGGGCUCCCAGGGGGUCUUUUACAGACCUGGAGAAUUUUAACAGCAGCGGCACUGUAAGCUGUUCAUAUGAUCACAUGACUCCAUUUGCUGUACUUCUGGCUAAUCCAGAAUUGGAUAGUAAGCAGUGGAAAAUCAUGUCCUCUAUUAGUUACAUAGGCUGCAGUUUUUCAUCGUUUUUCUCGGCAGUCACGAUCUUCCUCUACACUUUCAUGAAGAGCUCAAACAGAGACACUUCCAUCCAUAUCCAUGUGUCUCUGAGUGCGGCCCUUUUCCUUCUCAACAUCAGCUUCUUGUUCACUGAAUGGGGAGCCACAUGGUCUCAAAACAGUGCAUGUGUCUUGAUAGCAGUGAUAAUAGAGUACAGCCUCUUGUCCUGUUUCUCCUGGAUGGCCAUUGAAGCCAUACACUUGUACUUCCUUCUAAUCAAAGUGUUCAACACCUACAUCAAGCACUACAUGAUCAAGCUGUCUCUCUUUGGAUGGGGAAUGCCUGCUCUCCUCGUUGGAGGAAGUCUGUGUGUUUAUGGAAAAAGACCUUUUUAUGGCACCACAGGAAUAACAUUAUCAGACACAAAUGAAGUGAUGAAAUUCUGCUGGAUUACUGACAUCCGCUUUCUGUAUGGCAUGAACAUCACCUACUUCUCCAUAAUAUUCCUGUUUAACAUGUCCAUUCUGGUGGCAGUGAUAUGUCAGAUCUAUAAGCUCCGGCGCAUGAAUGUCAGAGGCAGUAGGUUUUUAUCUCGUAAAGACAUUUGCACUGUCCUGGGUCUGACCUUCCUGUUGGGAAUGACAUGGGGUUUGGCUUUCUUAACAUCAGGAUACACAAACUACACCGUUCUUUACCUCUUCUGUAUCUGCAACACCCUGCAAGGGUUUUUUCUGUUCCUGUGGUUUUACGCAACAAUGAAGAAGAAGAGGAGACUGGUGGCACAAUCCUCAACUAUGUCCAGCCCGUUGAGUGCUCCAGUCAAGACUAUGGAAAGCAGCUUUUCCUACUGAUCAGAUAUUACAUGUCAUUUAGCUAUCAAGACAAGAACCGAAACAAGACUACUCAUUUUGUGGAAGUGAUGACGAAACGUCAGUACUCUUAUUCUUUUACUGUGAUAUCGUUCAGAACUUUUGGUCUAAUAUAAACUCUCAUUUUAGAUGAACAACCUUUUAUUGCACAGUCCUUUAAUUUACAAGCUGUUUGCUAUGAGAUACGUUUUAUUAUUAUUAUUAUUAUUAUUAUUAUUAUUAUUAUUAUUGUUGGGAUAUAACCCACUUUAAUUUAAUUGUCAAUGUUUUCAUUUUAUUUUAUUUGAAUUGAUUUGAUUUAUUCAUGUAUUCUUUUGAACCCGUGUCGUUACAUGUUACAUGUUACCGCGAUGUUUUUUAUAAGGCGUUUGUACAAUAACAAUUGUGUUUCUUCAAAAUAAAUAAAUAAAUAAAUAAAAAGAGAAGAGAAAGUAAUGAGUUAUUGAACCCUACCCCAUGACGAGUUUCAUAAUCAGUUGCAUGGUUCACUUUUUCCCAUCAAAAGCAACUGUUUCAUACUACCAACGUUAAGACGAAUGACGCACAUUGUUCUAGAGAACAUAAAGUGCGUGUUUAAUAUGUAUCAUGAUCCAGACUUGAUGAUUUAGAUGAAUUCUUCAUCACAUUUACACUGAUCUGAUGUGAUA